ACUUGGCCCGGCAAAAUUUGGAUUUGAAAGGUAGUUGAGAUGGAUAUGUAAAAUCCGACCCAUUUUCGCGCAAACUUGGCCCGGAAUGUGAAUUUUUAUAUAUCUAUGUCCAUUUUUGGCCCAGGAGAACAACAUCUCACUACUUAUGCAUCACUUGUGAGUUUCAAAUUAUUAAAGUUAUAACUACCCCAGAGUAGUUCCUGUUUUGUUCAGAGUUAGUUCUUAAGCCUAUUCUCUCUUUCUAUUGAACUUCAUGAUUAAACUCCUUAAAUCCACUAAAAGCCAUGCAUAAAUGGCUCCUCAGCAUGUACAAAACGCUGCAACUGAUCAUGAGAGUAAUGGCGUAAACAAAUUCGGCGUUAUUUCGUCGAGUAUAUCUAAUUCAGAUGUUAUUAGUUCUGUUCUGAGCACACUGUCAAGGUACAGCAAAUUUCGAAUCCGGAGUUGCUUCGGUCUUUUCUCCGAUUCACCGUCGGGCAGCUCUCGCGUGAGAGUUUAUCAAGUGUGGCCUGGAAAAAAUGUUUUUUUCUUCAGAGGGCGAAUGGUGUGCGGCCCGGAUCCGCGGGGCUUCAUCUUGACAUCAAUCUCCAUUGUUCUUUCAGAUUGGAUCUUCUGCUCCUACAUAACUGUCGCUCUGCCGCAGCAUUCCGAUUUAACAGCAAUAGUCUCCAUGAUAUUGGCAUUAAUUGUUAUUGUUACCUUGGUAUUGGCUGGCACAAAAGACCCUGGAAUUAUCCCCAGGAAUGAGAAGCCAGAGUUAGAAGAAGUUGGAACCAGUGUAAGUAGGAGCAGAAGCAGGAGAAUAAGCAUUAAUGGUGUUCAGAUAAAGUUGAAGUACUGCAGGAUUUGUAACAUAUUCCGACUGCCGCGAAGUUGCCACUGCACCGUCUGCGACAACUGCGUAGAGAAGUUCGAUCACCAUUGCCCGUGGAUUGGUCAAUGCGUAGGAUUACGUAACUAUCGGUACUAUUUGAUGUUCGUCGUUUCGGCGUUGGUGUUCUUUACAUAUGCAUCUGCAUUCUCAUUGUGGAGAAUUAGGAGAGAGGUGGCCCGGAGCGGCUCAGGGAUGAUCGAAUUGUUAGGAUGUGCUCCUGAAGCAUUUGCAUUAGCAUUGUUUAGCUUCGUGGCCGUAUGUUUUCUCGCAGGCCUGUCGGUGUUUCAUGUUUAUCUUAUAACUAUCAAUCAGACGGCUCGCGAGAAUUUCAAAGGGGGAUACGCGAAGUCUCCAAAUCCUUAUGAUAAGGGAAUGCUGAGAAACAUAAAGGAAGCUUUGUUCAUGAGGUUACCACCUUCCAAUGUCGAUUUUCGAGCUUUCGUCGAGCCAAACUGGGGUUCCAUAGCCAAAAUUCUCAUGAACUCAUCCCCAAAGGGUGUUGGUGAAGAAGCGAUUGCGUGAUCAUUGAGGAUACGCAUUUUGAUGAAUGAUAGUCAGAGAAUAAAAAUAAAGAUUUAGAGUUCAAACAACAGGAUUUGGGAUUGAAUUAUUGUUUCUGUUUAUUUAAACAGCUUCAGCAGCUGCCAUAUAGAUAUGCCAGCUAGACAGAGAACAAAAAAAAGUUGAUUUUCCUGCACAUGUUGCAUGCAUUUCAAGUGCACAUAAAAAGAGAGAGCAUCAAAACCA